UGCUACUCCGGACCGAUGGGGGCGCUAUGGUCCCCGGCCGCCGGCGGAACUCUGUGGAUCCGAGCCGGCUGGUGGCGCAGUUCAAGGAGGCCGGCGGCGGGGCGGGAUUUGGGGCCCUUCUCCGGAAGGCGGAUGUUGUCGUUCACUUUGUGUCUCCGGCUGAAAAUGGCUGCGGUGUUAUGCGAAAUUGCGACGCUAAACUCGCUGCCCGAGAACGUGCUAGUGGAGAUCCUGUCCUACUUGUCCACCCGGGACCUGCUCCGUAUCAGCAGAGUUUGCAAAAGAUGGAGAAGAUUAGCUUAUGACAAAGGACUCUGGAAAGAUGUUAAUUUAACCCCAUACAAGGUAAACUCAAGGAUACUCUGGCACCUGGUCAGACAUUACCUGGGUGGAACUCUGAGGACCCUGAGAAUCAAGGGUGUCCUCCAUUCUGUCAAGAAGAAUGAGUCGCUAACUGAAGCCUUGCUGUUGGAGAUCGGAAAACGCUGUCCAAACCUAACUGAGCUGCGGCUGAUUGAAAUGAACUUGCGGGGCAUUAACUAUGAAUGCCUGCCUCCUUCACUCCUCAGCCUGGAGCUGACACAUUGUGAGAUUCCCUUGCAUUGGUUCAGGGCUGCGACUGCCGCCAAUGGGACCCGUAUUCCGCCUCGCAUCAAGAACCUGGAAGUGGACAACGUCCCCAACUUCUCGGACCAGCACCUGCAGAACCUUGCAUCCCGUACAGCACUGAAGGUACUGAUCCUGUCAGGCACAUACAGAGUCACUGACUCGGGCAUCGAGAAGUCAGCUGAGUGCCUGUCUGAGGUGGUCCACCUCAAGCUUCACGGCUGCAACAUCUCCGACGAGUCGCUGCGCCACAUUGCUCGGCAUCUGACACAGCUCCGCACUUUGGACCUCACGAACUUCUGUUCUAUGACUGACGCGGGCCUGGCCUGUCUCGGUGACCUGCGCUCACUGCAGUCCCUCUGCUUCGAGUACUGUGACCAGAUCACUGUUGAGAAGCUCUUGGCUGUCUGCACCGGCCUUCCGUCCCUGGCAAAACUCAACCUGAAUGGGAAUCCCUACUCCGAGGGGGACCUGCAGAGAAUCCGACAGAGCUUGCCGAACUGCACCGUUACCAACGAUUUCCCUGCCAUAGAUUCUGUGCCUAAGUUUUAACUGCAGGUUGUAUUUUUCAUCCUGGUAGUGCUUUGGCUUUGUUGGGAGGAUUGGGAGCUUGCCAGCUGCACUACACAACGUGAGCUGUUCUUUAUUCUCUUGCAUGGAUUUUGUGCGGUUGGUCAGGUCCCAAAAAGCAUAGUGUUUGAAUUGACAGAAGUUCACUGCCGAGCCACUCAUCUCCCAAUCCGUGACACCUCUCUGGUGUGAGGGAGUGUGAGUACCCUGAACGACUAACGUGGGAGCUUAAUUCAGAGUGUGUUCGGAUGAGGCAGGUACAAACUGCUGAACAGUGGUGACCUAGGUCGCUGACAUCAGACAAACAGGAUCUGGUGCUCACUGUGGCUCUGUCUUUGGAUUGUGUGCCAAUGGUCUUGAGCUGCUGGAACUGCAGAAGUCAGCACAGAGCUGAGCAAAUUUACAAGGAGGAAAAGCAUAGAGAUGGAACUCAAACUGAAUUACACUGCAAGAUUGUCAGCAGCCAAAUGCACAAACCUUGGACUGCUGUGCUGAGCAGUGGCGUGGGGGCUAAUCAAAUGAUUCAGUUUGCUGGCGGCCCAUGAAGUGUAUUUAAAUUGGUCAGUAACUGUCACACUCAUUCAGCUAGGUAACUUAAUUGAGAGCUCUGUUUGUGCAUUUUGAAAAAUAAACUUUAUCAUUUGUAACAAUUUA